AGCAUAAAUGUAAGCAAAUGGGGAGUCAUAAUUUGUCACAUAAUCAAUUUGUGUAUCCAUGGAUCUAAAUUUUUUCAUUGCUGCAGGAGUACUAAUAAUUAUAGUCUUGCCUUUGUCCCUUUUUUCCUUCUACACCAACUCGAUCAAUCCAAACGCGAGUAAAUGCAACGCGCCGCCACAAGCUGGCGGCGCACGCCUCUUUACGGGCCACCUUCACGUCAUGAGCCCGGGUGAGCUCCCGCACAUCACCUUAGGAGCUAUGGCGGAUAGGUACGGCCCGAUCUUCACCAUCGGGCUCGGGGGCCGCCGAGCCUUGGUGGUGAGUAGUGCAAAAUUGGCCAAGGAUUUGUUCACCACGUGCGACGGGGCGAUCUCGUCCCGCCCCGACACGGCCUCUUCUAGAAACUUGGGUUACGAACGGGCCAUGUUCGGGUUCUCCCCGUACGGCCCGUACUGGCGGGAAGUGCGGAAGCUGAUCUCCACGGAGGUGCUUUCCGCGCGUAGACUAGAGUUACAGAGACACGUGCUCAUGUCAGAGACUUCGCGGUCUAUAAACGAACUGUGGAGUCUUUGGAGUCAGAACGCUGACGUGUCGGGACGUGUAUCGGUGGAGAUGAAACAAUGGUUUGGGGAUUUGAAUUUGAAUACGAUCUUAAGGAUGGUGGUGGGGAAGAGAUUCUUCGGUUCCGGCGGCGGCGACAACGACGAGGCGCGGCGGUGUCAACGUGUGAUGAGGGAUUUCUUCCACUUGGCGGGGGUGUUUGUGUUGGGAGACACCAUGCCCUAUCUUAGGUGGUUGGAUGUAGGAGGGUAUGAGAAGAAAAUGAAGGAAACAUCAAAAGAGUUGGAUUUGUUGGUUGGGCAAUGGUUGGAGGAACAUAGAGAUAGAGAGAUUUUAGACAAGGGAGAAGAUUUUAUGGAUGUGAUGAUUUGUGUUGUACGAGGUGCCAAGUUUCAAAAUCAAUAUGAUCCGGACAUCAUUAUCAAAUCCACUUGUUCGAACUUGAUCUCAGGUGCUAGUGACACCACCUCGAUCAUGUUAGUGUGGGCUCUAGCCUUACUACUCAACAACAAGCAUGCCCUAAUAAAAGUCCAGCAAGAGCUCGAUGAUCAUGUAGGGAGAGAGAGAAGGGUGAACCACUCUGAUAUCGACAAAUUAUUAUACCUCCAUGCCGUUGUUAAAGAGACUCUUAGGUUGUACCCUGCGGCACCGUUAAAUGGUCCCCGAGAGUUCACUCAGGGUUGCGAAUUAGGGACUUACAACGUCCCUAAGGGCACAAUUUUAUUCGUCAACAUAUGGAAGUUACAUCGGGACCCGGAGCUAUGGCCCGACCCGUUGGAGUUUAGGCCGGAGAGAUUCCUGACGACUCACAGACACGUGGAUGUUAAGGAUUUGAAUUUCGAGUUCAUCCCGUUCGGAGGGGGUCGGAGAAUUUGCCCCGGUGUAAAUUAUGGCAUGCGCAUGUUGCACUUGGUGUUGGCUAGUUUACUACAGGCAUUUGAUAUUUGGAGUCCAAAUGAUAAAGUGGUAGACAUGAGUGAGAGUGGUGGAUUGACAAAUAGCAAAGCCACCCCACUAGAUGUUCUUGUUGCCCCAAGACUAAUCCCUAGCCUUUACUAGCUAAUGAAGGCCAAGCUUUACCUAUUUUAAUAAAGGUCAUAUAUAGUUUUAUGUGUAUUUGGAUGUGUGGUGUUGUAUUAAGGAUUAUUAAGUUUGUAAUUAAAGUUUAUUAAUAAGUAUAUAAUUAGAGUUCAAUAAUUAA